AUGUCAACAGAAAAAGUGGUCUCCAAAAAGAGGAAGCGCGAUGAGAGUUUGGAAGCACGUUUUGAGCUCGCAGGUUCCGGCUCGGGUCGAGUGGGCCCUGUCCUUGUGAGCUUUCCAGCCCUCGAGCCGCCAUCGUCUACCGCUUUCAAAUGUUAUGCGCAAAAAAGGGCUAAAACUGCCAAGGAUGCCCCGGACGAGGACGACAUGCUUGUCGCGGGCGAGACACCAGCGGUUGAGUUCGUCUCUAAUGAGAUAGAAAGCAGAAAAGUCGCAGCAGCAGGUUGUCGGUAUCUCCUUGCCGUUCGAAGCAAAAAGACGAACACUAUAUCCAUCUUUCCAUCCGCAAAAACGCCUCACAUUCUAGCGCAUACCGUCAAGGCUCUUAAAUCCAUUCCUUCCUCUGCUGCACCUUCCAAAGUCCAAUACCUUGAGGCCAAGACGGCCCUCGGGGAGACGUUCGGCACGAAAAAGCAAAAAGCUAGCAUCAGAGCUCAAGAGCGCAAUCGCAUUGAUGUCUCUGCUAUGGAGGGUGUCAUGAGUUAUGUUAUGGACAGCAUCGAGAAAGGAGCGGGAAAUCUGCUCACGACGGAGGACACGAAAGAGGCUGCGGACAAAAACCGCCUUAUCCCACCUUUCUCUGCUACUGCAACGGAUCCUGCUGACAUAUAUCCUCUUCACAACAUCAUCCCAGAGGCGGAGUGGAAAGCACUCUCCGUCAGUGCAUUCGACGUCGCGGAAACGGACAAGGAUAAAAUUGCUCUCUUGGCAUAUCGUAAGUCGACAUGGAUAAAUGACCGCCUAAAGGCUCUCGUCAACACUGAAGGAAAGACAAAAAAGAGGAAUCUCAAAAUCCUGCUUUACAUAUCCGCCAUGCUGUCCUUUAGACAAGCUACCUUUUUAAAAGGCCUUGAUAGAGAUAACUUGUACGAGCGUCUAGCAGCUGUUCCAACCAUUGUGGUCGACAGUCUUCUAUCUCGAUUCGCUGAGACGGCGCGAGCAUCAUCGAGCUACCAAGCUACCUCCACUACGAAGACCAAUCUCCUAACGCAUAUAUUGGCGUUGUGUCUCAAGGUCGACAAUUACGCCACGAAUACGAAAGUUAUCGCACAUGAUUUGAGCAUGCCUGUUACUGAGGUGAACCAGCUGUUCAAAUCUCUGGGCUGUAAAAUCACAAAGCUCGGCGAGAGGGAACGUGCGAGGUUGGGUCUGGCUGGUAGCUCGGCGGAAGAAAAGCAUGAUGUCCUCAACGCUCCCGUCGAGUUCCCUAAACCCCGGCUCAAGAGGAAGUAG